AUGUCUGGAAGGCCCGAGGAAGGACUUUACGAUAAUGAGGAAAUUCAAGCGCCUACUGUCCCGCAGGGAUAUCGGAGGAGAGCGAGGUCGGAAUUUGAGGGUGACACAGAUCACUUCUCUGCGACUCGCAGAAGAGUGGAGGAAGCGCGGCGACCACAGCGGACCAUGAGAAGCACCGUAAAGGACAUUCUGCUGGAGGGAAGCACUCUCAGGAACAACAUGAAGCUGAAUGAAUUCCUUCGGAAUCAUGUUGGUGGCAGGGGAGUUGUGGACACCAAUGAGAACGUCGCUAUGGAGAUGUUUGUUCAGGAUCCCGAGAUGUUUAUCCAAAACGAAAGGUUAUUACGCAUAAUAACGACAACGCCGUCAUACCAAGCGCUGGAGGCCAUUAAUAAGCUUCAUCACGAGGAUGUGGACUCUCUCGAGCAAUGGAGGGACUAUGAAAGAAAGGAUACGGUCACUCCUUUUGCAAGGGAAAAACUAAACGCAGCCCUCACUCAGGUACUGACAGAAGAACGCCGUGAGGCGGAAGAAAGGGCAAGGCGGGAGGAACAAGUAAUAUUUAACUUAUUUGCUAAGAUCGAAGAUUUGUUGUUUGGAGGAAGAGUUCGCGUCAUGGACAUAAAGCUGAACGAUUUUCUUACGCUGGAAAUGGAAGGCAGAGGCAUUUUGCGCUCCAAUCGGAAUGUCUUACUGAGGGAUUUUAUCAGUGAUCCCACGAGGUAUAUCCGCGAAGCGGGAGUAUUGAAAGAAAUACAGGCAUCAGGUGCUUAUGCGAGGAUGGAGAAGACUGUACGGGAGGAAAUGGAUUUGGAAGAAGUUGUACGCAAGCUUUACAAAAAUGGUGUCAGCAAUCUACUUGGGUGGUCAUUAGCUGCUGCGGAGGUAAAAGCAACAGUUCAUAACUCCAAUAAACAUUUCUUGGAUGCAGCUGCCGAGGAGGCGAGGAACCUAACGACGACGAUUGAAGCGAUGAAACUGGAGGGAUUGUACGAGUCUGUGCACAAUGCGAGUUGGCACCAUGUCGUGGAGGUUCCUGAAGGCGAGGGGACGGGAGUGGAAGUGAGGGAUGGGGAGCCACCGCGGCCAUGGACGUACAAAGCAGUUGGCCGAACUUUUGAAAAGAAUGACGGUGUGGAGCAAUCCGGUGCAGAGCGUCUCAAGCUGAUGGUGCUCACCUCGGACAAGGGAUGGCCGUAUAGGUGGGGGCUGAAUAAACUCAUUCGUGACUGCUAUGUGAACUCUGAGGUGGAUCGAGUGUGGCAGAUCGUCAAGGGCGGUCUCACCGGAUGGUUCAGCAGUCACGAUAAGAACAAAAUUUCGCCUGAUCCGUUUGUGCUGAUUGGGACGCCCGGGAUCGGGAAGUCGAUGAAUGCCGGUUCGUACCUCCUUUACCAGCUGCUGCAAUACGAUGCGAAGCGACUGCAAAUGGUUGCUUACAUUAUUGCGGAGAAAACAUUUCUUUUUGACAAGACCGCCAAAACGGUGAAAAAAUGCAGUGAGGCGUCUAAUAUCGUGGAUAUUUUGGACGGGUUUUCUGGGCGUGGGUUUAAGGGGUAUAUUAUCUACGACGUGGCAAUGAAGGGUCAUGAACCGUCCACUGCUUUGCCUUGCAAGGGAUGGGGCAUGAUUGUGGUGACGUCACCGAACAAAAACAACUACGAAUCGUGGGCGAAGCUGGUGCGAGCGAAACAAAUCAUAAUUAAUUGCCCUGACGAGAGCGAUGUGAGGGCAAUGUGCAUUUGGAAGGAGCACAAUGGGCAGCUUGCGGUGGAAGAAGAGGAGGAAGAAGCGGACUACUGGAAGAAGGUGAAUGGUCGCAUGGAUAAAGUGGGACCACUUCUUCGCUACAUCUUUGAUGACAGAAAAUACAUUGGUCGGAUUGACUCGUGCAAAAGUAAAGUUAAAACAAUGAACCUUUUUGCUACCAACUAUUACUCUAUUUUGGGGACUAAUGAAGUGUGUGAUGAUAGCCACAUCUCUCACAAACUUGUAAAGGUCGUACGAUUGCGAGGGGGAAACAAUUUAGAAUUGCCUUACAAUGCACUGGUAUCUUCCUAUCUCGGAAAUUUGGUGACAUGCAAGUUGGCGGAGUUAAUGGUGCCGAAUGAUUUUAAUUUACUCGUAUUGGCUAUCAAGCACAAUCUCUUAUCAAAACCCCUUGAAAAGCAUUCCGUGUUUACUUUUUUGAGCGAGGCCUUUGUAAAUGCAAUAAUACCGAAACUCAGGGAGCUGAAACCAGAAAAAAAUGCUCCGCCACACCUCUGUGCGUUGAGAGUGUAUCCACAUGAGCGCCCUCUCAAGCCCUGUAUUUUCCAGUGCCUGGAAAAAUUUAAAAAGAAGAUUAAUAUGAAGUACGGGGUGCUGUACAAACCGGUGGCUCAAAACUUUCCGUUGGUGGACGCCUUUUUCUUUGUGGACUCAAAUCCGAAGACGCUGGUUGGGCUGCAGAUUACUACGGCGGGUGGGCACCGCACGAUAGCCAGCACCGUGAGGCAGUUCAAUGAGUGCCUGGCGGCAUAUUUUAAUGUUUGGGAGGAAUUAUCCCGAGACAUGUCGUGGGAGAUUAUUUACGUGCAGCACGCAGACAGCACGCCGAUGAACGAAUGGCAGAGAUGUGAUGUCGUCAAUACCAAUAAAUUGAGCCCCGCUGAAAAAAAGAUUGUGGCGUUCUGGGAGAAAAAGGUACACCAAUACCAAGUGUCUGUAUCAUCCAGAGACUUUCCACGAGAAGAAUCUCCCCCAACUGUGGAAGAACAACAACAACAGGAAACAGAUUAG